AUGGACGUGGAUUGGCCCCUCUACCGCCAGCAGAACCUCUUUUCCGCAGAGGAUCCUAUGCUGGCCACCAUCGAGGAUGACGAGGCGAGCCCAUCCAAUUCCGAGGUAAUACUCUUGGGUCCUCCGGGUGCACGCCAUCUUGGUUGCAUGCCGGAGUGGGAGCUUUGCCAGCAGCACGUGGUGAGUGGUGCAGGAGUUCUGCCCGGCUCGGCUUUCGUCGCACUGGCGCUCCUCCACGCGUCCAAGAUCCUCAAGCGACAGACGGUGCAGCUACAGGAUGUGGAGUUCGUCCGGCCAUUGGAGCUAGCAUCACCACGAGAGUUGUCUGUUGUGGCAACGGAAGGGCAGCUUCGUUUUAUCAGCCGCGCCCUGGGCGGAGAGGAUCAGCCGGAGACGUUGCACUGCCAGUGCCGCUUUCUUUCUGCGGCCCUGGAGGCUUUCCAGGAUCGCCUGCCAGAGGCGAGCAAGACCGAGCCUGUUGAUGACAUCUAUGGCAAAUUUGCUGCCGCCGGCUUCUUCUACGGGCCGGAUUUUCAAGGCAGCUGCUUCACGGUCUCGGGCAAGGAUGCAUUCAACAAGCUCAAUGGGGCUUCCCGCGGCUUUGCACUGGACCCGGGUGAUCUGGACGUGGCUCUGCAGCUCGCUUCGCUGCUGCAUCCAUUGGGCUUUCGAGGUGCACCGCAGGCCAUCGACCGUGUCGUGGCCAAGGUGGGCUCCAAACUGACAUCCUCCAGGGCUCACUUGGGAGGAUCCUCCGACAUUGAUGUGCAGCUCUUUGACGGCUCAGACCUCGCCUGUGAUAUUGCAGGGCUGAAGCUCUCGUCCAUGCAUGCCGGCGCUCACCUCACCAGCAGCCGACCCAAAUGGAAGGACCUCGCCCGCGUACCUCGCGGUCGCUGGCUCCUGGUUGGUGAAGAAGCCAAGCAGCUGAAGCUGCCGAACUGCACCGACAAGCUGGAGGACCCUUACGAUGCUGUGGCUGUCGCAGUCAAAGCCAAGACGCUCGAAGAUGUGCGAGAGUGCCGCAGCUUCGUUCAACGCAUCGCAGCCAAAGAGCGGUGCUGGCUGCUAUCGAUCAGGGAGGAAGGCACCAGCUUUGCAGAAGCGGCAGCAGAGGCGGCCGUCGAGGUUGGCGCCAGUGCAGUGGUCGGCUCGGUUGAGGACAUCCGUGAUGCCUCGACGGGGCUUGGCAUGGACUCAGAGGUUGUCCUUCGAGCCGAGGACGAGGACGGUGGAGGCGCUCAGCUUUCCAUGCGCAGUAGCAGGGCAGCCUCUGUGCCCCCAGCGAUCGUGGCUUCAAGGCAAGAGCCUUAUGCCGUGGAGACUGAUCCCAGCAAGGGUGGCAAGGGGGCUCAGUGCCGCCUCAGCAGUCACACGGCACCUGGGCCGGGGCAAGUCGAAAUUCAUGCAGACCUUUGGGCCUUGAAUUUCCGGGAUGUUUUGGUCGCCAAAGGCGCCAUCUCUGCGGUUGUGGCAGGCCAAUCUCUGGGCAUCGGCGGCGAGUGUUACGGCAAGGUUGCAGCGGUCGGCGAAGGCGUCAAAAACGUUGCUGUUGGAGAUACCGUGAUUGCCGUGCCGCCCGACGGAAUGGGCUCUUUCUGCACGACUGAUGCUCGCUGGGUUUCCACUGCACCGGCGGGCAUGAGCCCCGAAGAGGCUGUUGCAGGUACCUGCGUAUAUGCGACAGCAUGGUAUGCCCUGCACUGGUUGGCCCGCAUUCGAAAGGGAAAGCGUGUGCUGAUCCACAGUGCCGCAGGAGGUGUUGGGCUGUCUGCCCUCCACUUGUGCAAAAGAGCUGGAUGCGAGGUUUAUUGCACUGCUUCCACUCCCGAGAAGCGCAAGGUGCUCUUGGAGCUGGGCGCUGUAGCGGUCUUCAACUCCAGGGAUCCGAUCGACUUCGAGCAGGGCAUCCGCAAGGCCACGGCCGGCCAAGGUGUCGACGUUGUCCUGAACUCGCUAAGCGGCGAGGCCAUCCCAGCAUCACUGAGACUGCUGCGAGCAUGCGGCCACUUCCUAGAGAUCGGCAAGCGUGACCAGUACGAGAACACUCCGAUGCUGUUGCAUCCCUUCCUGAAAGGACUUCACUACCAUGCUGCUCACCUGGAUGUGCUGAUGCUGGAGUGGCCGGAUACAGCCAGGGAGCUCUUGGAGGAGGUGUGGGCAGCCAUGCCGCAGCUGCCGACGCUUCCAACGAAGACCUUUGGAAUGUCAGACUUGUCAGGUGCCCUGGAAUACUUCUCCAAGGGCGUCCACAUCGGCAAGGUUCUGGUGGAGGUGCAAAAUUGUGAAGUUCUACCAGCGCGCCCACAGAAAGUGGCAGGGCCCAAGGACGAUCUGGUGUCCGGAUAUCUGCAAGCAGUGCUAUCAGCCUCUGAAGGCACCGGUGGUGUGCUAUGUGCCCCGACGCUUGCCGACCUUGCAGAAGCGUCCUUGCGCUCGGCGCAGUUGGUUCUUACAGCAUCGCCGGCUGUGGCAGCGGCUGUGCAAGUACUCAACUCGCAGGCUACCUGCGUAACUUUGCCCGCCUGGGAACCCGUCAUGGACCUUGACGAGUGGCUCAGCCUCGGAGGCCAGAUCUUCGCCUCAGAAGAAGAGGUGGAAGGCGAUCUGCGUCAGUGGCUUUUCCAAACUGUAGAGGAGAUGUCCGGACCCAUUCAGUUGGACAUGAACUUCGAUGAUGCAGGCCUGGAUUCGUUGAGCCUUAUCUCCCUCGCGCGACGGCUGACCUCCAAGGUUAACAAGGCCGUCUCCGUGGCCAACAUAUCCGAUCACCCAACGCCACGCCGUUUGCUGGAGUUCCUCACCGGGCACCCCCAGCCAGAACUUGCACGGCCAAAGGUGCUGUGUUUGCAUGGCUUCAGAUCCAACGGCGAUGCAAUGGCGGCAUCGAUGGGUUCGCUGACGAGCCGUGUUGGCUUCGUGGAGUGGCUCUUCAUUAGCUCUCCGCGGGUGGCGUCAGGGCCUUCGGCGCCGGAUAUCCCACAGGACGAGGCACGAGAGUGGUGGGGGCAGCCAGGAGGUUCCUUCGAGACAGGUUGGAUGGCUCCCCACUUUAACGGUUUCGAAGCAUGCUUCGCUGUUCUGCAAGGCAUCAAGCUUGCGGGGGCCGUUGGCUUUAGCCAGGGCGGCGGCGUCGCAGCACUGCUGGACUGCCCCUGGCUGAUCCUGUGCUCACCCGUCAUCAGCCCGGGUUUGCGAACGAGCAAUGCCAAAUGUCUGCUGACGUACGACCCUACAGAGGAGACUCCUGGAAGCAAUCAGCACUGGGUGGGGAGUACCCUGAAAACCGAAGACGGCGUCGGCUGCGACAUGAACCGUCUUGCACUGGUACAGUAG